AGUGGGCGGGACCCAGGAGCCCCGCGGCGGCCUCCGCGCCUCCCAGUCGGGUUGCGGCCGAGGCCGGGCCUGGCUUUGUAGCUCGCUCUCGCCUCUCAAGAUGGCGGCGCAGUCACCCAGCGGGAUCCGCCUCAGCGCGCUUUGCCCGAAGUUUUUACAUACAAAUUCUACUAGUCAUACUUGGCCAUUCAGUGCAGUUGCUGAAUUAAUAGAUAAUGCUUAUGAUCCUGAUGUGAAUGCUAAACAGAUCUGGAUUGAUAAAACAGUGAUUAAUGACCGUAUAUGCUUGACUUUCACUGAUAAUGGCAACGGGAUGACUGCAGAUAAGUUACAUAAAAUGCUGAGCUUCGGCUUCAGUGACAAAGUCACCGUGAAUGGUCACGUCCCGGUUGGAUUGUACGGGAAUGGAUUCAAGUCGGGUUCUAUGAGACUGGGCAAAGAUGCAAUAGUUUUUACCAAAAAUGGAGAGACCAUGAGUGUGGGAUUCUUGUCUCAGACCUAUUUGGAAGUCAUAAAGGCGGAACAUGUUGUUGUCCCUAUUGUGACAUUCAACAAACACCGUCAGAUGAUUAAUUUAGCAGAAUCAAAAGCAAGCCUAGCAGCAAUUCUGGAACAUUCUCUGUUUUCUACGGAACAGAAAUUAGUGGCAGAACUUGAUGCUAUUAUGGGUAAGAAGGGGACAAGGAUCAUCAUUUGGAAUCUUAGAAGUUACAAAAAUGCAACAGAAUUUGAUUUUGAAAAGGAUAAAUAUGACAUCAGAAUUCCCGAGGAUUUAGAUGACAUUGCAGGGAAGAAAGGGUACAAGAAACAAGAGAGGAUGGACCAGAUUGCCCCUGAGAGUGACUACUCCUUAAGGGCUUACUGCAGUAUUUUAUACCUAAAGCCACGAAUGCAGAUCAUCCUGCGUGGACAGAAAGUGAAGACGCAGCUGGUCUCCAAGAGCCUUGCCUACAUUGAACGUGAUGUGUACCGGCCUAAAUUUCUAACUAGAACAGUGAGAAUUACUUUUGGGUUCAACUGCAGAAAUAAAGAUCAUUAUGGGAUAAUGAUGUAUCACAAAAAUAGACUCAUCAAGGCUUAUGAAAAAGUGGGAUGUCAGUUAAAGGCAAACAACAUGGGCGUUGGAGUGGUUGGAAUUAUAGAAUGUAAUUUCCUUAAGCCAACUCAUAAUAAGCAAGAUUUUGACUAUACUAAUGAGUACAGGCUUACAAUACUAGCAUUAGGAGAAAAGCUGAAUGAUUACUGGAAUGAAAUGAAAGUGAAGAAAAAUGCAGAAUACCCUCUAAAUUUGCCGGUCGAAGACAUACAGAAGCGCCCUGAUCAGACAUGGGUUCAGUGUGAUUCUUGUCUAAAGUGGCGAAAAUUACCAGAUGGAAUAGAUCAGCUUCCAGAAAAAUGGUACUGCUACAAUAACCCUGACCCACAGUUCAGAAACUGUGAAGUUCCAGAAGAACCUGAAGAUGAGGACUUGGUCCAUCCCACGUAUGAGAAAACCUACAAAAAGACCAGCAAGGAGAAAUACAGGAUCAGACACCUGGAAAUGAUCCCUCGGAUUAAUCCUGAAUUAUUGUAUCCAACAAGUGUUUCAAGUCAGAGCUUUUCUCCGAUGAAGGAGAGUCUUCCAAGACCACAUCUUUCAGAAGUCGGGAGUCCCUUUACAACAAGGCUUCUAAGUAACCACCUUGUUCCACCUCAGUCUGAACCUGAGAGCAGCAGCCUGAAACGGAGACUUAAUACUCGUUCAUCAAUUCUGAAUGCAAAGACUCGGAGAUUAAAUAAUCCUCCCUUUGAAAAUUCAAAAGCUUACAAAGAUGAUGAUGAUGAAGAUGUCAUCAUCUUAGAAGAGAACAGUACCCCCAAACCUGCGGUCGACCAUGAUGUUGAAGUGAAGUCGGAGCAGAGCCACUCGGAACAGAGUGCUGUGCAGGUUGAACUUGUAGGCAGCCCUGAACCCUGUGCCCAGGCCAGUGCAGCCAGCACCUCCACCUCCAAGUGCGACCUGGGCACUGCUGUGGGCUCCACGCAGACUGACGCGCCAGGUUUAAUUGUUAAAAAGGAGGAGAGUGUUGACGAUGGCGAGCCGGGUGCGACGAGUGACCCAGUGACACUGUCCUCCUGUGUAAGUGCUGAAGCCAAGGCGCAGGAGGCCCUGGAGAGGUCAGCGGACGAUGCUGGCCGUCAGUUACAGGAUCUGAGGAGUGAGCUGCUUUCCGUCACACAGGAGAGGGAUGACUACAAGAGACAGUGUGAGAUGUACACUGAUGAGAUCAAAGUGCUCCAGCAGAGGAUCCUGGAGAUGAACGACAAAUGCGUGAAGAAGGAGACCUGCCACCAGUCCACCGAAACCGACGCUGUGUUUGUGCUCGAAAGUGUUAACGGGAAGUCGGAAAGCCCGGACCCUGUGGGGUCGCAGUAUCAGCAAGCUUUGGAAGAGAUAGAGAGGCUGAAGAAGCAGUGCAGCGCCCUGCAGCACGUGAAGACGGAGUGCAGCCAGUGCUCCGGCAGCAGCGAGAGUAAGAGCGAGAUGGACGAGAUGGCUGUGCAGCUGGACGAUGUGUUCAGACAGCUGGACAAGUGCAUCGUGGAGAGGGACCAGUAUAAAAGUGAGGUUCAGUUAUUGGAAAUAGAAAAAUCACAUGUUCAUUCGCAGUGUGAAGAACUCAAAACUGAAAUUGAACAGUUGAAGUCCACGAGUCAGCCGGCAGGAGCAGAUGUUUCAACUUCAAGCAAUGCUGAGGAAUCCGUCAGUUGUGUGGACGGGGAAAGCCUCAAACUUCGUUCUCUUCGAGUCAAUGUAGGACAGCUGCUAGCUAUGAUUGUGCCUGAUCUGGAUCUUCAGCAAGUCAACUAUGACGUUGAUGUGGUGGAUGAGAUUCUAGGACAGGUGGUGGAGCAAAUGAGUGAGAUCAGCAGUGCUUAAGGUGCAGACAUGCGGUGCAGCCUUCAUGAUGGCAAGUUCAGUUGAACAGGCAGCAGACUGAAGGACCGCGUCUUCACUGUGUUCUAUGCAUCCAGUGUCACAGCUCCUGUGGACACACUUUGGAAAUAACCUGUGACUGGCUGGUAUCGAGCAACUUAGUAGCUACCCUAGCUUCUGUUCUGAAUGUAAAUAUUUGUAUUGAGCCCACACGUAUUUUUUUAUUGCCCUAGAGACUGGUGUUUUUCACCAGGAGGUUUUCAGGUUGUUCCUACGGUUUGUGCAAUUUUUCUGGCUCCCUAAAAUGUAUUUUUCUCAAAGUUGAGGGCUGUGCCAUAAUGUAAAUGGAUAUGUUGCUACUGUUGUUUCUUUUCAAUGAGCAUAAGUAAGAUUCUCAAUAAUGUAGUGACCCUCCUGAUGAGGACUGCUUGCAAGGGAGCUGAGGCUAGUGCUUUUCUCUGUAAACUCCUGUCGGAGAUCAUUCUACAUAGAGGAGAAAGGAAAGCCAAAGCUAGCUUCAUUUCGCCUGGCUUUUUCUUGUGCUGAGAUUGCUAGUCAUCAAGUCAAAUGUUUUCCAGGACAACGAAAAGAUCUUUGAAGUAUUAAAAAUAUCCAGCGAAAACCAUGUUUACUUAGAAGCCCAUUUUUGGCUGUUGAUUCAGCAUGAAGUGGGCACAAUAAUUAUUUGAGAUUUCUUUUUGUGAAAUUUCCUGUAUAGCCUCUGUAGGGUUACUGCAGAUCAACGUGAGCUGAGAGGGCGGUCUUUCUCACACAGUACUGCGUAUCUUCUACGAUAUUAUGAAUGUACAUGUUUUUAUCCUGGAGUUAAUCACAAACGGGCCUGCGGUUACAGAGUCACACGCCGGAAAAUAUGCUUUUACUGGUCCCAAGUCUUGUGCAAUCUGAAAAGAGGAGAUGGCCUUUUAUUACAUAUGAACUGUAUAUAAUUAAGAAUCAUAUUUUCCACAACUAAAAUGUGUUAUUUUUUCCAAAGUUUUAUUGUUGCUAUUUAUUUUAACUUUUGUUUCUGAAAAUUCAGUACAUAUUCAUUUUGUGUGUGUGGUUAGUUACACAUCUGUUGUAUACAACAUUGAGUCUUUAUGUAUAUUACCUUCUGGAAAUUGCAAAUAAAUGAAGUUUUUGUUUAUUUACUUGA